AACAAUGACACGACACUUUGCAUUGACUCGUCCGACUACAAUGUGAACGUGAGACGACGGGCGUUACAGUUUAAACUUUCAAGGCUGGGCGCGGCUUUCGGGCAUGUUUGUUUCUAUCUAUCUCCCUGCUGCUGCUGAAUGCGGAAGACUAACAAUUACAAAGAGCUCCACUCUGACUAAGCAAGCAAAAGGUGAGCUUUUGGAUCACUUUUAAGGGAACUUUCAUUACAUCUGAAGUGUAUCAAUGUGGCCAAAUCAAGGUCCAUCCAACCCAGCCUUCCCUCCUGGCUACAACCCUGCAUACCCCACCUUUCCCCCAGCAGGCGUCUUUCCCCAACAACCAAAUCAACAGUACAUGCCCGUCCAGUAUCAGACAGGUGUCAACCCAGCCAUGAUACCCAACCCACCUCGGGUUGCUCCGCCUUAUGUGGGGGGUCCGGGACCUUACUCCAACCCAGUUGCGCCUGGCGGGUACCCCGUAGCCCCUGUCGGAGGCGUCCACCCUGGUGGGUACCCACACUCUCAGAUAGGUUUCCACCAUUAUAAGGGUGACCACCACAACAAGGGCUAUGUCUACCACGGCGGGGUCAACCCAGUCUAUCCCUUGAGGAGGGGGUUUGGUGGGGGCCUGACUGGCUUGGCCAUGGGAUUGGUGGCACAUAAAGCCCACAAGAAGCUGAAGAAGGUGCACAAGAUGUACACCCAGGGUUACUACAAACAUGGCGGCAAGUACUCCUCCAGCAGCAGCAGUAGCAGCAGUAGCAGCAGCGACUCCGACUGAAGCAAUCGUUCAACUCUAUGGCACAACUCCAUAAUAAAGCACCUUUUAAAAGGCAUCUUGGAAAUAUACCUUCAUGACAUUUCUGUAUACAUACCCUACUUCCAUAUACAAAUAAAGGGGCAAACUACUAAAAGGAAUUAUCCAUGAAUACUAUGUACAAUGUUAUGUGUUUUAAUAAAUGUAUAAAAAGUCACAAGAAUUACUCUUCCA